AACCCGUACUAGAGCACCACCUGGUGUUUGAUCUGCUACUCUAACAAGGAGACCAUCUACUCCACCUAGUAAGACCACUAGUUCUACUCCUAGUUCUUCCACGCAAAUUCUGGAAGGAUGAGCACAGGUAUGACCACGUCAGGGGUGGUCAGUAGACUCAACACUUACGAAUUACCCCCUCAUUUCUUCUCUUGUCGCACCUUUGCUGUUGCCCAGUCUACCAAGUUUUUCAUCUCCUGGUUUGCAGGUACAAAGGAAAACGAUGUGAUCUCAACCAACUUCUGGGAACUGGUGGAAUGCCUUCAUCUCAUUCUGCAACUCAGUGCUCUUGCUACAGCUGUUGGGUUACAAGAAGGCUUUGGGGCAGCACUUUUUGCAACAUCAUUGAUCUUAGCAUGCAUUGAUACGUGUGAUGCAACAGGACUGAGACUGCAUGCCGGACGCCAGGCAAUGGUCCUAAAUCAAAUUGUUUACGAGUUGCCGGCUUCACAUCCUCUUUCUUAGACCAGACCACUGCGUGAACUUCUUGGUCAAACCCCUCCUCAGUUUCUGCUCAUUUGCUUAAAUCAUUGUGAAUAAUUAAUUGGUGCACAUGACUAAUUGACCCUUUAUUUAAAUAGUUUGCAGACAAGAAUUCUUGAGCUUUUUCUAAUAUAUAUCUCAAUUCAAU